UCCCGCACCCCUUCAGUUGUUUUCAAUGGUACAGUCCAAAUCUGCUCCUGUAGGCUGUGGUUUCGGAGGUUCUCCACAGUGCACGCACGCUGCCGUGUUGCGUCUUUAUGAGUCUUUUCGCACAUGUAUAGAUUUCGUAUCAAAGUCCAGAUAUAUCGCCGCCGGAGCAAAUCCUGGGUAAAACCGAGACUCAUCUCCGACAUUUAACACCCGAUCUGAUAUGGAUGACGUGUGUGAAUCAUCGAAACGCUUUAAACAAGGAUAGAGUUGUGAUCAACACAAGGUACUACAAUGACCUCUUCAGUCAAGCAGCAGAGAAGCAUUUGUGUAGUUCUACCCAACAAACACCAUCUGGAGAUGACUGUCGGGCCAAAGGCCACAGGGCAGGAUGUUUUCAAUCAGGUGGCAGAGAUUCUUGGUAUCAAAGAGAUGCACUUGUUUGGCCUCACAGUAGUGCGAGACAAUGAGCACAUAUUUUUAGACAUGGAGGAGAAGUUGACCAAGUACUUACCCAAAGAAUGGAAGCAAGAGUCUGGAAAGGGUUUAGAGAAGAGAGCCUUCCCUUUAGUACUCUGCAUUAAAGUGCAGUACUAUGUUGAGAAUGGCAGACUUAUUUGUGAACGCAAGGCACGCCAUCUGUACUACUCUGACCUACGUGAGCGGGUGUUGCGCUCCGAAUGCCGUCAGCAGGAGGAGGUGUACUUCCAGCUAGCAGGUUACGCCAUGCAGGCGGAUCUCGGUGACCACCAGCUGCCCACGGAGGGGGAAGAGAGUGCCCCGUAUUUCCAACCUAAGGAGUACUUUCCCCCAUGGAUAAUAGCGAAGCGGGGCCUCAACUAUCUCCUCUGCCAUGGCCCCAAAGUGCACCAGGACCUGUGGGGCAUGUCAGCUCGUGAUGCCAUCCUCCUCUUUAUCAGAGAGUCAUGUCGACUGGAAGAUGUACCAGUCAGAUUUUACAGACUGCAAAAGGACAAGAAGCAAGAGAGGGGAACGGCGGUACUCGGCCUGACCCUGAGAGGAAUGCAAGUUUAUCAGGAGGCAAACAACAUCAGACAGCUGCUGUAUGACUUCCCCUGGUCCAAUGUGGGACGGCUCACCUUCCUAGGAAAGAAAUUUGAGAUCCAACCGGAUGGUUUGCCAUCAGCCAGGAAGCUUGUUUACUACACGGGAUCGUCAUUCCGCUCGCGACACCUCCUCUUGCAUCUGAGCCGCAGUCAUCGCAUCUACCUCAGCCUACAGCCUGCCCUGAAGCACCUCCGCCAGCUGGAGGACAGUGAAGAAAAAAAACGUUACAGAGAAUCUUACAUCAGUGAUGAUCUGGACUUGGACCCAGCUGGCAGCGAGAGUAGCCCGGGUUUGUCCCGCAUCUCCACCAGCAGCUCAGGCAUCGAAGCUGACGCCCGCCAACACAGCAUCUUCACAGAGAUUGCCUCCAUGGAGGAGGAAUCGGAACAGAAGGCAGAGAAGUGUUCCUGCUCCACAGCCAGCCAAGUCAGCUCCUCUACAUCUGGUAUCGGCAGCGGCAGGAAAGCUCACACGAAGGAUGAGGAGUGGCGAGAGGAAGAAAUGAAGGCCGACACCACACAGGAAGUUCUUGCGGAUUAUCCAGCUGAAAUGUUCCAGCUGGCCGACCUUCUCGAUGGUGUGUCUGUGGAUUGCUCCCUCUCCACAGAGACAAAAUCACCAGGUGUGAAUACAGAGAACAAAGUGUGCCUCUCAGAAAACAAUGAUCAUCUCCUAAAUAUGGAGCGCACACGUAUACAGGAGGUGGAUGCUAGAUCACACGCUUGUGUUGACCGGCACAGCCACAGUCUCGACGAUGUUAGUUUGUUCCCACCUCAAGUACCCCUGGGGACCACCCUGCCAGCGGAUUCCUCACACAGCUACACUUUUGGCCUCUCAGACACAUCAGCAGCCACAAAGACGCCCGUGGUUCCCGACCGUUACACUUUCUUGCACUGCCAAGCCAACCCUUCCUUCUACGGUCGCAGGUCUACCCACUGCCUAUCACUGGACCUGCUUGCGGAUGAACAGUUCCUGGAGUUCAUUCUGUGAACAAAUUAUACAGUGGUCUUCAUAUUUGCCUCAUUUGUGUGAUGAAGGUUGUCUGCAGAAUCUGUUUGUUUUUAAUGUGGCCUCUGUGACAACAGUGGACACCAUAUAUUUUUGUGUUUUUCUUCCUACUAUUCUGUGGAGAAGGUCAGUUUUUUUUUGUUUUGUUUUUUACCAGAAACAUUUCUUUGUCAGUGACAUAUUUAUUGUUUUUUUAUGUUUUGUACAUAUACUUGCGUUUUAGGACAUUUCAGUUUAUCCAUGCAAAAAAAAGUUCAAUCAAGACAAAUGUUUUGUGUGCCAGCCAUCUCUUGAAAGGUUAUUACAAGCAGAAAUAAGGUUUGUUAUCCUCUUAUGGAUAUUCAUCAGAUAGAAUCUCCAUUUAAACUAACUCGAGCACUGUAAAAAUAUUUAAAAUGAGCUUGUUGUAUGCCGAAACCAUUCCUAACCACAGUGUCAAUUCUUUAUCUUUUUUUUUUUGUUUUUCUUUUUUUCUGUGGUGUGGUUGGUCAAAUCUUUCCUAUUAUUCUGCCUCAGCAAAUGUAGCUACUGGUGCAGAAAAUGAAACUUCUUUACAGGUUGUAAACCACUCAUCCAAAGUCUCCACAUGCUUAAACUCUUUACUAUUUUCAUAAUUAUAACUGUUUGCAAAGCUC